GCCACGCGUCACUACUUCACUUCAUGCAUCCCCACGCGAUGCCUCCGUGACAAGCCACGAUGGACGCGCACGACGAUGCGCCCUCAGCGCAGCUACACCUCGAGAUGCGCGACGCGAUGGUCCGCAACCUCGCAUCGCGGCGGCCGAUCCUCCACCACCUAAACGCCGACACAUCGUGGCUGCUCCAGAUCCCGCGCCCGGCCUCGGCGGUGAAGCAUGGGAGCCGCAUAUACUACAACAUCCUGAUCGACCCAUGGCUGCAGGGCGGACAGUCGGACGUGGCCGCGUGGUUCUCGCAGCAAUGGCAUGCGACCGAGAGCGCGGUCAAGACGGUUGCCGAGGUGGAGGAGGUGGCACGGCGGAUUGAGAUAAUGGCAGGCGGGCCGCGCCUGGGGAAGAAGAGGAGCGCAAACAAUGUCGAAGCCGCGGCAGAGGUGGAGACGUUCAUCGACGCUGUGGCCAUCAGCCACGAGUUCACCGACCACUGCCACAAGGACACGCUCUUGGAGGUGCAUCCGGAUGUGCCCGUGUUUGCGACUGAGCAAGCCGCGAAGCUCGUUUCGGGCUUCAACCACUUCCGCACCGUCGUCACGACGCCCACGUUCACGUCCGAGAACCCCGACUGGCGCGAUUACUCCCUGCUGCCAUUGCCGUCAUGGCUCAGCAUCUCGCGGCUCACAGCGUCGGGCGAUGCGCUCUACUACCACUCGGCGCUCCUCAUAACCUUCGCAUCGCACGCUUUCGCUUCUGCGACGCCAAAGAAGCGCGCUUCGCUCUCGAUAUACGGCGAUGACGAUGCGUCUUCAACCGACUCGGACGCAGCUGAAUGCGUCAUUUACACGCCGCACGGCAUCCCGUACAAAUCGCUGGAGCCCAUUGCCACGUCAGACCCGCCAUUAAACACUCUCGCAUUCUUGCACGGUCUCCACGAUGUCUCAAUAUCGGCAGCGCAGCAAUUGAAUCUCGGUGCGAAGAACGGUGUUCUUGCACAACGCAUGCUGCGCGCAAAAUACUGGGUGGGCACCCAUGACGAGGUGAAGAAGGGCGGUGGUCUCAUAUCGUGGUUCCUGCGACGCAAGAUCUGGACGCUGGAAGAUGCCUUGAAAGAGGCAAAAGCUGUGGUAGAUAGCGAGACCACGGAACAAGACGGCGACGAGUUCAAACAUGUGUACUUUGAAGACGUAGGAAACGGAGAAAGCAGGAUACUUGAAUAGGCGGCACAGAUACCCACCAGCAGUUCACCCUUCAUCAACACAGCAGGACAUACAUCUUAAUAUAUAAUCACCGGCUGAACGACUAUAAGCGUAGAACGAGUACCCCGUCUCCAUCUUCUUGCCUUCGUCAACUGUACCUCUCUCGAUUCCCACCGCGUCCCCUCAGACAUACCACCCACUAACAUAAUACCCUGAUCUCCAAUCCCCCGCCAACCACACCUUCUCCUCCUUUCUAUACCCAAUCUCUCUGAAGCCCAACUUCCCCAGCACCCUCCCACUCGCCGGAUUCCCAUCUCCCCAUAUAGCCUCUACAUAGUACACCUCAUCCCCCUUCUCUCGCACCUCCCUCGUCCCCUCCCGAUACGC